AUGCUGUGCUACCGGAAGCGCACGAGAAAAGAGCUGAGGGAGGUGGCAUGGGACCAGUGGUUGUCAAGUCCUAUCCCUAAGGCUGGGUGGUCGCCAUUUGCGUGCCGGAGUUGCUUCCGCGAGGGCGAGCCUGUCCCGCUUCAUAGACGUCUCGGUUGUGAGCACACGUUCCCGGAUGAGCUCAAGGGCCUGACGCCGGUGGAGGAGAAGCUGAUCGCGCUGAACUCGUGCUACGGAUUCCACGUCAAGGGCCACAUCACGGUGUUCCCAAACAACGUACAAGAGCUGGCGACGGACGUGCUGCCGCACCCUCUCUUCCAGGUAAUGGACGAGAUCCACGUCUCGUGGCAGGGGGCGCUAAGGCCGACACCGAGCGAUCUGUCGAGUCUCCUAUCGGUGAGGCGGCGAGUCGUCGAGAGAGCCCUUGUCUGGUUGAAGAGGAACAACCCCCACUACGCCGCGAUCGAGAUCGACGCGGCAGAGAUGGAGAGCUGGGGAGACCCGGCCCACGGGGUGCCGCCGUUGGUGUACGAGCGCCUGGAGCGGAACGAGCCGUCGGCGUGGGAGAAGACGCGGACGGCGCGUCGUCGUGCCGCCCACGGAGCGGGCCAUGGACGACGAGGGGCGGUGGAGAUCGAAGAAGUCCUCGCCAUGCUCAACCAAGGGGAAAGCACGACGAGUCGCGAGGCCGGCGAGCCAGAGGCAAGCGAGGUGGACGAGGUGCGUGGUCAGAGCUGCGGCGAGGCCGAUGAUAAUGCGAAGACGGUCAACGAGCUGCGGUUCGCAUGCGAUUCCGUUCGCCAAGGCGCAGCCGACGACGGUACGGGCCCGAGGACAGGCUCGGUCAACACGCGCGCGGCGGCGGAGGCGGGGGCGCAGGACCUCCUGUCAUCCCGGAACAUGAGCCUUCGUACGUGGGCCGACACGGUGUUGCGACGCCACGGCGGCCGGUUCGCGACGCACCACAUCUUCGCAUUCCUCGUCUUCAACAUGGGCGUGCGGUCGAGGAACCGCCGCGUCAGCAUGCUGAGCGUGACGAGGAAGAACUUCCGCAAGGUGGAGCGCAUCGUACGGUCGCUGACCGCAGACGGGUUAGCGGCAGCUAGAGCCGAGCUGGAGAGCACAGGCAAGACGACCGACGACGGCGUGAAAGAGCUUCUCAGGAGCCUCUCGCUCUAUGGCUAUCGUCAGCCCAUGUCGAGAGAGCUCCGUCUCAGUAUGCGGCACAAGAUCCUGGCGCUCAUCGUCCGCUACGGCGUGCCUGCGAUCUGGUUCACGAUCAACCCAAACGACAUCACGAACCCGGUGAAGCUCCGACUGGCAGCGUACCGCACGCGCGACCCUGAGGCGGCCGAGGAGUUCCUGCGGAGCCUCGAUAUGUCGUUCAAACGGGUGAGGCUGUCCGUCUCCGACCCGAUGAGCUCAGCCAUGUUCUUCCACCGGGAGAUGACGCUGUUCUUCGAGCAUUACGUAAAUGCAGGGGAGUCGGUGUUCGGGCGCAUCGGCCACUACUACGGUGCCGUGGAGACCAACGAACGAGGAUCCCUUCACGUCCACGGGCUGCUCUGGUUACACGGAAACGCGCACCUGAGCUCCAUGCUUUCCGACGCCCACGGGGAGGAGCAGGCGGCGUACCGUGAGCGAAUCAUCCGCUAUGUCGAUAGCGUCUUCUGUGAGGACUUGGACCAGGAAGGCUUCUGCGCCGUGCAGGCGGAGCGUUCGGUGACGUCUGACGUCUCAUCCCUGCUGGACAGUGCCGAGCAGUUCUCGGCCGGAUUCGAAGAGGAAGCCAACUUCUGCGCCGGCGCGACGCAGAUCCACACCCACAGCCCGACAUGCGUCAAGUACUCCCUGGGCAACAAGGGGCGAAGGGGCGACCUCUGUCGCUUCAAGGCGCCAUGGAAGCUGGUCGAGGAGACGACGCUCUCACAGGACGGCGUGCUGCGGAUCCGCAGGACGCAUCCCAUGGUGAAUCGGUGGAACAAGGCCAUCGCCGUGGGGCUCCGCCACAACCACGACAUCUCCUUCAUAGCGACGCAGCGGAAGACCAUGGCUCUCGUCUAUUACGUGACGAAUUACGCGACCAAGGUAGAGGACCCGACGUGGAAGCGCGUCGCCGCGGCCGCGGAACUGCUGCCCGUCGUCGCAGCAGGUGGCCAGCCGGGUGCCAGGAGGAUGCCGGAAAUGGCGUCGAUAUUCACGGAGCGCGCCCUGUCGCAAGUCGAGGUCGUCGCCCAUCUCCUGGGAUACCCGAGCGAGUUCACGAGCAGCAGCGCCUGGGCGUACCUGAACGUGUCGGUGCUCUACUGGCACGUCUCCAGGCGCUGGCGACACCUUCGGCAGGAGAGCGGCACCGCGGUCGCAGACGUGUCCGUGGACGAGUCGGUCGCCGUGGAGGAAGCAGGCGAGAGGAUCAGCUUCGCCGAGGCGUACCAUCAUCGCGGACACGUCCUACGAGGCUUGUGCCUAUAUGACUAUGUUUCGCUCGUCAGGCUCCAACGCGUCGGCAAGGACGGGUGCUCCGGUGCCUGGGAGAGGUGCCUUUCGAGCGGCUGGGUGGCCGGCAAAGACUGGGUGCAGGUAUUGAGGCGGCCAGGAAAGCACGCCGUCGUCUGCCUUGACGGCCACCUUAGCAAGGAUUUCGAGCAAGACGACGAGGAACAAUGCCACCGCCGAGCAGCCGUGCAGCAUCUUGCCCUAUUCGCGCCGUGGGAGACCUUUCUUAGCGAAGAGCGAGGCGACAUCAACGAGAUAUGGAGGCGCACGAGAGCGGCUUCCGCCAAGAACCUCCGUCGUCCGGCGACGGGGAUCCGGCCGGCGCACCUGGCGAUUGGGGAGGAUGGGGAGGGGCCGGGCGAGGCGGACCGCGAGGCGGGAUCCGCGUACCAGUCCGACAACGUCGGAAACGCAACGCGACUGAUCGAUGUCGUUAGAAGCGCGACCGGCGCGAACCAGAUCACGGCGGGGUCGCGGGAGCUUUCGGGAAUGAUGCAGCAGCUCUCCCGCUUCCAGCAAUCAGCGCUAGCCUCGACGGCCGAGCUCCGGGCCACCGUCGUGACCGAACGGGUGGGGGCACAUCAACAUGCCCGGGCAGGUGUUCUCCGGGCUGCAGUGCCGCCGCAGGAUCAGGUCAAGGCCAUCAAGUCGCAGCAGACAUGCGCCUCCAGAGAGAGGGUGAAGAUGAUCCAGGGCAUACAAAGCAUGGCCCCGGCCCACGGUACCGAUCGCGGCGCAGCGGGGCGGAGCGUGCUCGCCGGCUUCGGGGAGGAAGACGUCCAGGUGACGCGAGUGGAAACCGAGGAGAGGGCAGGCGAUUGCCUUCUCCAUAAUAUGCCGCCACCUGGACUCGAUGCGGCAGGAGACGGAGGCGACGUCAGCCAGCUCUGUCAGUUCGUCGGCGGCGAGGGCGGCACCGGCAAGUCGCGCGUCAUCGAAGCACUCGCGGAGCGGUUCGUCAACGGCCAGUCUCGGAUGGACUGGCAGGAUAAGGACAUGCUCGUCAUCGACGAGGUGAGCAUGCUCGGCGCGCGGACGCUGCACGCCGUCAACGAGCGGAUCUGCCAGCUGCGGGGAUCGCAGCGGGACUUCGGCGGGAUCCCCAUCGUCCUCUUCUGCGGGGACUUCCACCAGUUCCGCCCGGUCCAGGAGAGGUCGAUCCUGCUGCCGAGCGCGGCCGUCUCGUGGGACGAGGACAACUCGUUCAGGGCCGAGCAGCGCCACCAGCACGACAAGGCGCACGCGCUGUGGAGGCGGUUCACGACGGCCGUCAUGCUGGACGAGCAGAUGCGCGCCGCCGGCGACCCGGAGCUGCAGCGGCUGCUGAAGCGGAUCCGCGGGGGCGUGCAGGACCACACGGACCUGGAUCUCCUCAACUCGAGGAAUCGGUGGAACCUCAACAUGGAGGCGAGCCUGGCGUUCCAGAUCCAGCAGCGGUCGACGGUGCGCAUCUUCCUCUCCGAGCACAAGUGGAAGGACGGCCUGCCGACCGAGGAAGAGGCCAUCAUGAUGCUGAACCAGGGCGACGACAGCGCGAUCCCGGUGCCGGCCGUCUUCAUGUUCGUGCCGGGGAUGCCGGUCGUCGUGAACCACAACACCCACCAGGGGCUGAAGCUGGUGAACGGUGCUAGCUACACGGCGGUGGAGGUCAUCGUCGACAAGGCGCACCCGGGCAUCGGAUCUCGGCCGACAUGA